AAUAAACAAAAGGCUAAGCGAGGGAGACUGGUUUUGGAGCUGCCGAAAACUUACAGAAAUUGAGUACAAACACGAUCUCAGUGGCCACGUAGCCUCACGAUUGCACAAUAGAAGUCCCAGCAACCAUGGAGAACGUAUUUUCGUUGCGAGUGAGCGUGUUCUCCGACCAAGGCGGCAGGAAGUACAUGGAGGAUGUGACCGAGGUUGUCGUUGAGCCUGAGCCGGGCGAGGAUGAGCUGGAGUCGGUCGAUCACAGCGAGAUUGAAGCGGACAGUUGUGUUGCCGCCUGUAUGCCGGGAAAUGUACCAGAGGUGCGUGCACCGAGUAUUGCUUCCAACGAUUCCCUGUCUACAACCGGACCGAGCGCAACCACGGUGGCAUGGACACAAAACAUUAGAAACGGUGAAAGUUGUGCAGCUACAGAAGCGGUAGUACAGGACGGAGCGCCGAUUGCCGAAACUCGUCAACGCCGAUCUGUGGCUUUUUUCGCAGUGUUUGACGGUCACGGAGGCCGGGAAGCAGCGCAGUUUGCGCGGGACCAUCUUUGGGAUUUUAUAAAGAAACAGCGGGGAUUUUGGUCAAAGGACGACGAAGAAGUAUGUGCAGCGAUCCGCAAAGGUUUCGUUGCAUGCCACCAUGCCAUGUGGAAAAAGCUCCCGGAGUGGCCUAAGACCCUCACUGGGCUCCCCAGCACCUCUGGCACCACGGCCAGUGUGGUGGUGAUCCGCGGGGACCGCAUGUAUGUGGCCCAUGUGGGUGAUUCAGGCGUGGUGCUGGGGGUUCGAGACCACCCUUCUGACCCAUUCCUCCGGGCAGUUGAGGUCACGCAGGACCACAAACCUGAGCUCCCGAAGGAGAGGGAGCGCAUUGAGGGCCUUGGCGGCAGCGUUAUUAAGAAGUCUGGGGUGAACCGUGUGGUGUGGAAGAGGCCCAGGCUGACCCACAAUGGCCCUGUCCGGCGAAGCACCGUCAUCGACCAAAUCCCCUUCCUUGCCGUAGCGCGGGCCCUUGGUGACCUGUGGAGCUAUGACUUCUACAGCGGGGAGUUUGUGGUAUCUCCAGAGCCGGACACCAGCGUGCUGACCCUAGACCCACGGCGACACCGUUACAUUGUCCUCGGCAGCGAUGGCCUGUGGAAUAUGGUUCCACCCCAAGAUGCUGUGUCCAUGUGCCAGGACAACGACGAGGUCACGGCUCAGUGUGGCGUAUCCAGUGCCCGGCAGCUGGUCAGCCACGCCCUGCUGCGGUGGCGGCAGAGGAUGCUCCGCGCAGACAACACCAGUGCCAUCGUCAUCUCGCUUCAGGAGCCUGGCGCCCUGCCCGUGCCCCUGCACCACGAGGAGGUUAUGCUCAACCUGGCCGAUGGACCCCAGCACGACCACACCCCCAGCUCGCGCUCCAACACCCCGCUGAUCAAGUCUCUGGACACUGAUGUCCCCUCCCCUGUGGGUGAGCUGCUGCCGGUGCUGGAGCGGCGGAACGGUUUCAGCGGGACGGCCCUGUGCGCGCUCUCCACUACCCUGUCCCCAUGCCUCACACCCCCGGAUGAGCACUCCCCAGACAGCGUCAGGGCCUUCAGCAUCCGGACCAAUGAGGGCCUGGCACAAGCCUGCAAACGGAACUUGACAAGCUCCCCGAGCCCCGCGGGCAAAAGGGCCCGCCGUGGCCUGCCGCGUCAUCCCCAUGGGCCCCCUUCCCCGGGAACGCCACGGCGCCGGAGCGGGGAACGGGGGACUGCGGCCAGGAGGAGCUCCAAGGGCCAGAAACAGUCCCCCAAAGUCCCUGAACUCCUGCAGCAACACCGCAAAGCCACAGUGUGCGUGUGCUGAGAUGUCACUCACACACACACACACACACACACACACUCAUACACACACGCACAGACAUGCAUGUACCUGCUGCUCCCUCAUCCUCCACACACUACUGAGAGUCUGGGUACUCAUGGUCAUCUGUGCAGGACUAACCUUUGUCAUAGGAUGAAUGCAGUCAUGCAUGUAGUGUGUGUACAUGCUAACAUGCAGACGGAAUUACACUUCCCCAUUGUGGAGCCAAGUGGUGCACA